AUGUCUCCCACAUCUACCAUCACCAUGCACAGACACGCUGCCUACCCAUAUGCCAACCCGGCUCCCACCACCACAAGAUACUCGGGCACCUCCUCAGCCUUCUCUGCUUCAGCAAACCCCAACGAAGACUGGACCAAGAUUUCAGAUCUUGCUGAGCGCAGGCGGAUACAGAACCGCAUUGCCCAACGCAACUACCGCAAGAAGCUCAAGAAGAGGCUCGAAGACUUGGAGCGUCGUGCUGCCUCGAGCUCAGCUUCACCUGAGCAGAAGCCUGCUGAGCUGCAGCCACCACAGCGAUCCCCGCACCAGGAGUUUCCUUCUCCGUCAUCUUCGGAAUCCUCGUACACUACCCCACCUGCUGAGGAUCGCAUGUUCUCGCAUCAGUACACACGCCAGCUUUCCACCAGCCCACCACCUCCCUUCUCCGUAGCGUCGUAUUCGUCGGCAUACCCAGCACCAGAUGCAGUUGCAUACUCAAUGCCGUACUCCACCUCGCCCUACCACACAAUACCAACCACCCUCACACCGGAGAUGCCGAGCUACACUUACCUGCCACCGCCUCACUCGUCCUCGUACUCGACUGGCCUACCAAGCCUUGUGCCGAGCAUGAAGAACGAGUACUACGCCGACGAAGAUACGAGUCCCUUUGGCGUGGGCUACGCGGCCAUUUGCGGGAACGACAUCCUACCACCACACUCUUACGCAGACUCUGUAAGGAUCCCUACUCGCCAGCCCUACUAUGCAUGA